UCUGCAAUCAACUAUCAAUCUCUGUUGCAGAAGAAGCACACAACAAAACGCAACAAUGGGGUAUGGAGAAGAACAACACAUCCCUCUUAUUUCUUCUCCACCCCCUCUAUCCUCAAAAUUCAAAACCUUUGCAAACAUCUUCAUUUCAAUUGUUGGUGCUGGUGUUCUUGGUCUCCCUUAUAGUUUCAAGAAAACAGGAUGGAUCAUGGGAUUGCUCAUGCUUUUCUCUGUUGCAUUUCUAACUUACCAUUGCAUGAUGCUCCUUAUCCACACUCGUCGUAGGCUCGAAUUAAACGUGGGGUUCCGCAAAAUCAAUUCUUUUGGUGAUUUAGGCUAUGCAACAAGUGGCCAUUUUGGAAAAAUUUGCAUUGAUAUCAUGAUUUUGCUUUCUCAAUGUGGUUUUUGUGUUAGCUACCUUAUUUUCAUCUCAUCCACUUUGAUACAUCUUUCUAAUCACAACACAAGUUCAUCACUUUUUGGUUUAACACCAAAAGUUUUGUUUAUAUGGGCUUGUUUUCCUUUUCAAUUGGGUUUGAAUGCAAUUCCAACUUUGACCCAUUUAGCUCCUUUGAGUAUAUUUGCUGAUGUUGUUGAUAUUGGAGCAAUGGGAGUUGUAAUUGUUGAGGAUAUUUUUGUCUUUUUAGAAAAUAGGCCACCUUUGAAAACUUUUGGUGGUUUAUCUGUUUUUCUAUAUGGUAUAGGUGUGGCUGUUUAUGCUUUUGAAGGUAUAGGAAUGGUUUUGCCUUUGGAAUCAGAAGCAAAAGAUAAAGAUAAAUUUGGUGGAAUUUUAGGUUUGGGAAUGAUGUUAAUUUCUUUGUUGUAUGGAGGUUUUGCUACUUUAGGUUACUUUGCUUUUGGUGAAGAAACUCAAGGGAUUAUUACUACUAAUCUAGGACAUGGAAUGUUAAGUGCUUUGGUACAAUUGGGUCUUUGUAUUAAUCUCUUUUUUACUUUUCCAAUGAUGAUGAAUCCUGUUUAUGAAGUUGUUGAGAGAAGAUUUUGUGAUUCUAAAUAUUGUUUGUGGCUAAGGUGGUUGUUGGUUUUUAUGGUAACUUUGGUGGCACUUUUGGUUCCUAAUUUUGCUGAUUUUUUGUCACUAGUUGGGAGUAGUGUUUGUGUUGUUCUUAGCUUUGUGUUUCCUGCUUUGUUUCAUUUUUUGGUGUUCAAAGAUGAAUUGGGUUGGAAAUGUUUGAUUUUGGAUGGAGCAAUUGUUGUGUUUGGAAUUGUUAUUGCAGUUAGUGGAACUUGGUCUUGCUUAAUGGAUAUUUUUUCACCUAAGGCUUGAUUAAAGGAUAAAAAGUUUUGAUCAUGGUUUCAAAUUGCAGUUCGCAACUGCAAUUACUGCUACAAUAUAGAAGAUUUUGAGGUCUCUGCAACGACAUCACAAACUGCAACUUUUACCAUAUCAGCUGCAUUUUUUGGCAUUUUGUCACGUUAGAAAAAUUCGCAACGUAAUUACAACAACAACUGCAUUUUAAAGUUGAUGUUUUCUUGAUGGAGCUAGAGACACCUCCAAUCUGGAUGUGUCAGACACCAGAACACCUUCGACCUGAAGCAUCGGUGUUACAUAGUUUAUUAUUAAAAUUGAGGGUGGUCCACAACAAAUCAGCCUAUAAUUUCUUUUGUUGCAUUUUGUUGUUUUUGUAACAGUUGCAACAUAUUUUCUUAAUAUUUAUGAUAAGAAAAUAUAUAAAGAGAUUCAUGAUUUGUUUGAACUUUAAUUCCAUGAGAAAUAUAGUUCAUUUACUUACUAUCUU